CGAUUCAAAGAAUAAAAACAAACACAAAACCAGACAAAGCCUUUUAGCUCUCGACUGCUUCAUUUACCAAAGUGCAAUCAAAAUCCAAAUAAACACGGUCUGUGUUCAAUUCAACUCACUGCAUAUCCACUUCUCUGUUUCAUUCUUUUCCGCUGCGCAGAUUCCCGCGGCUUUCCUCCAUUUCAACUUCAUCCUCGAAUAUUGCUGCUCGCUAAAGGUAAAAUGGAGAAUUCGGGUGCAAAUCAGCUUCCUGAAGUGGAUUCUUUGCCAGAUGGAUUUGUAGAUAGCCCAACAGAAUCUUUGGCCCCUCCCACCCCAACUUUGGAUCAGGAAAAGCCACUUGAUGAUUACAAGGAGGAUAGCAUAAGUGGUCUUGAUUGCUCUAAUGAGUCUUUACAGGAUAUGGCAUCCAAUGAUUCUCAGGCAACUCAAGGUAGGGAAGAGAAGAUUGGGAAAUUGAGAACUUUCCCUGUCCCAUUAUCGGAGGCAGAGAGCAAUGAUGUGCCGAUAGACUUGGUGCAAGUGCCCAAUAUGGUAGUCGUAGAGGAGAAAGAAAGUAGUCUAGGCAUGUCCAGCUCAUCUAAUACUGUCAAUGAGCCAGAUGGGGUAUCUGAGUGCACAAAACAAGGACAAGAUCAAGUCAAUUGUGGCACAGAGACAUCAAAUGAAGGAGGAUCAGAGACAAAUACAACUGAUUUGAAAGAAAUAUCUUCAUCAGAAAACAUCGAUUUACUAAAAACCAGAAAACUAGAAACUGCGGAAACGAAACGGAAGAUUGCAAAGCGUACCUUUAAAUCUGAAAAGGACUUUUUGGAGUUCACUUUGAAGUAUCAACAAGUUCUUUCAGAAAGAGAUGCAGCGAUUGCUGUUCGAGAUAAGCUUGAAUCGUUGUGUAGGGAGUUACAACGUCAAAACAAAAUGUUAAUGGAUGAAUGCAAACGAGUAACAACAGAGGGGCAAAACUUAAGAUUCGAUUUAUCAACCAAAUUUGAAAAUGCAAUAAAGGUUUGUUUUAAAAGUUCCAAUUCAAUUCUUUUUGAUAGGUUGAGAAGUAAGUUGAAGCAACUUCUUGAUCAGCAUGCCCUCUCUGAACAGCAAUAUGCUCAGAAGUUGAAGCAGAAAACCCUGGAACUACAACUUUCUGAUUUGAAGAUUAAGCAACAUGAGGAAAAAUUGGCGCAGGAACAAUCACGGAUGAAACUAUAUGCAGAACAAGUGUCGCAGCUGCUGGCUACUGAAAAGAAUUUGCGCCUGCAGUUGACAGCUGAUGGCGAGAAGUUUCAACAGUUUCAGGACGCAUUGUUAAAAAGCAAUGAGGUCUUCGCAACAUUCAAGCAAGAGAUCGAGAAGAUGUCAAAAUCAAUCAAGGAACUCAAGAAGGAAAAUGCAUUCUUGAAGAGCAAAAGUGAGAAAUCAGAUGUUACUCUUAUUGAACUUGUUGAGGAGCGCGAGCGAUUGAAGAAACAACUGGAGAAAAUGAAGAACCAGAAAGAAAAGCUCGAAUCUCUGUGCCGAUCACUUCAGGCAGAAAGGAAACAGAACCCCGUUGGGAGCAGCAGGUCUGAUUCAGUUUCUGUGUAAACAAAAACAAAAAAGAAAAAUGGUCGGACCAAAUUGAUCUUGCAAAGAAUUUUGUAACUUCCAUCUUAAGUUAUUCCAGCUGUAACUCUUGAAUUUUUGGGAAGAUCACAAAUCUCAGAACUGAGUGUAAACACUGUGCGUUCAUCCUACAAUUGUUAUGUUAUUAAUUUUGUUAUUACUGGAAAAGUUAGGCUCUGGUGAAAGGUAAGAGUAGAGAAA